AUGAAUGACUUAUUCUCCGGCUCUUUCUCCCGGUUCCGCAACACCGAUCAAGUCUCGCCGGACAACCACCAUCAUGUCAUCGAAAUAUCAUCCCCGAAUACCGCUCAAAGUGGCGUACACCUCGACAAAUUUUUCGAAGAAGUCGAAGCCGUUAAAGAGGAACUCAAGGAACUCGACCGUCUCUACGAAAACCUUCGAACCUCCAAUGAGAGGAGCAAAACCCUUCACACUGCAAAAUCUGUAAAAGAUAUUCGCUCCAGCAUGGAUAAUGAUGUGUCUGUUGCUUUGAAGAAAGCUAAAAUAGUUAAGACCCGGCUCGAGGCACUUGACCGGUCCAACGAGGCUAGCAGGAGUUUGCCUGGCGCUGGACCAGGUUCAUCCUCGGACCGGACUAGAACAUCCGUGGUGAGUGGCUUGAGAAAGAAACUUAAGGAUUCUAUGGAUAGCUUCAACAACCUUAGACAAGAGAUAUCAUCAGAAUACCGUGAAACCGUACAACGUAGAUACUAUACUGUCACCGGAGAGAAUCCAGAUGACAAAACCGUUGACCUCCUCAUUUCCACUGGUGAAAGUGAAACAUUUUUGCAAAAAGCGAUUCAGCAACAAGGCAGGGCAAACAUCAUGGACACAAUCCAAGAAAUUCAAGAGAGACAUGACACAGUGAAAGAGAUAGAGAGAAAUCUAUUGGCACUACACCAAGUGUUCAUGGACAUGUCUGUUCUGGUUCAGUCACAAGGUGAACAGUUGGAUAAUAUUGAGAGCCACGUGGCACGUGCUAAUUCGUACGUGAGAGGUGGGGUCCAGCAGUUGACUGUUGCUAGGAAGCACCAGAAGAAUACCCGAAAAUGGACUUGUAUUGCCAUCUUGAUACUUCUUAUUAUUAUCUUGAUCAUAGUUUUGCCUAUUGUUCUUAAAAAAUAA